AUGUUCCUACCUGAUCUGAGGGAACUGGAGGUAAAGACUAGAGACAAGCAAGCUGCUAUACAGUCUGAUCGAAAAUCUGGAACAUCAGUGACGGAAGGUACCCUGAAGGACCUCCUAGACAAGUUAUGCCGAAAUAUUGCUGCUGACAUCUCUGCAUUUAAAGAAGAGAUCAGUGGAGUAAUGGCCCGCCUACAUGAAACAGAGGUUACCACAGCUUGCCACGAGACACGACUUACUACCCUAGAUUGGGAACUCUCCACGUUAUGGCGCAAACAGGCGCAGACACAGUAUGUGGCGGCAAUGGAGGACCGGAGGCGGUGGAAGAACAUAAAGGUGCAAGGCCUUCCCGACAAUAUCGCCACAGCUGAACUACCUCACCUGUUUCGGAGGCUUCUAGCCCAACUACUCUUUGCCAAACAAGCCAAAUUAAUGUCUCUGUACGGAUGCUACAGGCCCCCAGCUCCUCCGGCAAGUUCAACAGGAGUGCACAGGGACAUCGUAAUCUGCUUCCAAAACAGCCCUGACAAGCAGGUGUUCAUGACCGCCAUUCGCAAUAAGUCACCCUACUCCUUUGAAGAACUCCAGCUGGCAUUCUUCCCAGAUCUAUCCAGAGCUACUUUGGACUGGAGAAGGGCCCUGAGACCCUUAACUCUGGAACUUACAAAACAUAAGGUGCCUUAA